AUGGCGUCAACAGGCGAAACAUUUCGUGAUAGCAUUAACACCGUCUUGGUUGUACGAUUCAAGGAAAAAAUGGCCGAUGGAACUGGAAUGAUGGAGAAGCCUCUCUUUGGUGGAUACCUUUCAGCCUACCUUCCCUCUGAUGUUAUAGAUAUCAGCCAAAUGCGAACUGUGCCAGACAAUCAAGAAGUUUUCGUUCAUCCAAGCUCAGACCAGAGCAUCAUCAUAGAGAUCUUGGAGUAUGUAGCAGAACAAGAUGAACAAGCAUUGAGGACACAUUUUGAAGAAGUCUCCAAUAAUAAUGAAACAUCUAUUGGUAACUCAGAAGUUGAAGUGACUGAGACCAUUCCUUUGGACAAAGUGGCGCUGACACAUUGUUCUAAAGCAUGGUACUUAAAGGGAAAACAAAAAGUAUCAAAAUUUAAAGAAGGUGAAAAUGCAGCAAAUAUCAUUGACAUUCACAUGGGCCUGUUCAGGAUUCCUCAACACAGUACUGAUCUAUUGGUCACUUUAAAUGAUCCCAUUCAAAUCAGCCAACAGAGUAGCAGUCACGAGACACUUGAAGAGCAGAGCCCUCUAUCUGCAUCCAGUCAUACUAAAUGGACUUCAGAACAAUAUCAGCAAAUAGUGCUUACAAUAAAGAUACUGGAUUUAGGGAUAUUUGGAUAGUUCAUGAAUAAAAUUUUAUUAUUUUUAUUUACACAUUUGUGCUAGAUAUGAACAAACCCACCAGUCAUCCAUCUGAUGAAUAGAUUUGAUGGGAUUGAAUGAAAUUGAGAAUGUGCCCCAGUGUUCUGCACUGUUUAUGCAUUGGCAAACAAAAAUUGUAUUCAGAGAUGUGGCAUUUACUUAGUACCAGCAACUAGUCACCUUUCAUAAAAAAACACAAUUAUAUUUGAAAUAUUAUAAAGGUGGUUAUAGUACUUAGGGUGCUUACCUUACAAAGAAGGUCAUUCUUUGAUUAAAAUUGUAUGUACACUGUACAUGUAGAUGACAAAAAGUAUAAGAUAAGACAAAGAGAUAAAUGAAUACAUCUAGUGUUUGUAUGUUUUUACAUGAUUCAUUAUUCAUGUAUAGCUAGGCUGCUAUUUCA